AUGGCUAUGAGAACAAGAAGAUCGGACUGCAAUCUGGUUUCCAUGCCAAUAAAAGAUUCGCUCGAGAAAGGAGCUGGAGUGAAAUGUGCUUGGAUGGGGGGACCUCACCGACACAGAUUUCAUCUUCCAACUUCUGAAAACGAUGAAGAGAUCGCUGCAGUGGUUGUCAGUUUUGAUGGGCAUAUAAGUUACCCAAAAAUCAUGCAAAAGGCGCACCCGAUCGGUCGUCGAUCGAGAGGCCACUUCGUUUUCGGCAAACCGAACACACCGAUUGCCGAUUUUCUGAAAAGACAUCAUCACAUUGACGCGACGAAAACGAUCAUGUUUGGGGAUCGGCUCGACACGGAUAUUAUGUUUGCGAAUGGGAAUGGUUUCACUUCGUGUUUGAUGUUGAUUUGGGAUUCAUUCACUGGAAACAGUGAA